AGGAAGCUGUCAUUAUUAUGAUUCCUUAUUGUGCUAGGAAUCCUACUCUAUUUAUAUACAUGUGUAUCCCCCAUAUUCUGUGAAUAAUACAAUUGUCAAGUUUCUCAAUAUGGUAUCGGAGCUCUAGGUUUCUCAACCCUAGUCCGCCUUUUCUCUUUCUCAUCCGAUCGUGCGCCGCCGCACGACAGUUUCCUCCUAUCUCGUCUCUUUUCUUCUCUUCGCCAGCAGCAGCCGUUGAUGUCCAUCUAGCGCACAUCCACUCAGCGCACGAUUGACCUACUGCAACCGGAUCACCAUGGCGAAGAACGCUGAUCCCUUCGACAAUCUACCCAGUGGCUUAAAGCUUUUCCUACGAAAUCUUCAUUCUCUUGUUCCCACAAAGCUUGAAGACAAUAAUUUCCCGUCAUGGUCGUCUACAGUUAAGGCAACUCUUCUUGCUCACCGGCUUCUAGGGUAUGUAGACGGCUCCGAAGCUGCACCACCACCAACCAUACUGGACGAAAAGGCCGCCACCGACAAGGGGCUUGUGAUGAAAGCAAAUCCAGCUUAUGAUUGUUGGACCGUGAUUGAUGCUCAACUUCGUGCCUCUCUUCUCGCCCUUCUCUCCCCGGCUAUUCAGAACCUUGUGUAUCACUGCAACACUGCUGGUAAAAUUUGGAGUCAUCUCCAUCAGAGGUAUAAUUCACUGUCUCGGACUCAUAUAUUUCAACUCAAGGAACAACUUCAUAAUCUUCAAAAGGGACAGUCUAGCAUGCAGAAAUAUCUUGAUGAGGUUUUACACAUUGUUAAUUCUCUUGCCCUUGCUCGUGAGCCUGUUGCGGAACAAGAUGUUAUCCUCUGUGUCUUGCGUGGUCUUCCGUCAACAUACGCUUCUCUUAAACAAAAUAUUCGGACGAAUAUUGCUACGGUUGAUCUUAAUACUGUCUCAGCUUGGCUACUAUCUGAAGAACUCAAUCUUCAACUUGAACAAAAACUUCAGCUUGGUACGUCGUCGAGUCCUUCCACAAAGACACCUAAUUCAUACCAAGGCACCAAUUUUGUCUCCACAGCUGGGGGACAGUCUCUUCCAAUUACUCACAUUGGCUCAGGUCAGGUUACCACACCCACAGGAAUUCCUGAUCCUGGACAACUCUUCCCAUCAAGUGAUAUACAGAGGCCCAUGUGAGCGUGGUCUAUACACCCUUCCGGUUACGCCACGUUCGUGUCCGUCUCCGUCGUGUUCGUCAGCCGCGGCUCCACCGGUGGCUAAUGCUGUGACAACAACAUCCCAUC